AGGGGGCGGGAGGCGGCGGCGGAGACCCGCGGUCCGGCUGAGCGCUCGGUCCGGGAGGAGACGGCGAGGGCGGGCUGAGCGACAGCGGGGCGCACGCCCACUCCAUUAGUGGCAAACAUGUACAUCAAGCAGGUAAUAAUUCAGGGCUUUCGAAGCUACAGGGACCAAACCAUUGUGGACCCAUUCAGCUCCAAACACAAUGUCAUUGUGGGAAGAAAUGGAUCUGGAAAAAGCAACUUUUUUUAUGCAAUCCAGUUUGUCCUCAGUGAUGAGUUUAGUCAUCUUCGCCCAGAGCAGAGACUGGCUUUGUUGCAUGAAGGUACAGGUCCUCGUGUUAUUUCAGCAUUUGUGGAAAUUAUAUUUGACAAUUCGGACAACAGGUUACCGAUUGAUAAAGAGGAAGUCUCACUUCGCAGAGUCAUUGGAGCCAAGAAGGACCAAUAUUUCUUAGACAAGAAAAUGGUGACGAAAAAUGAUGUAAUGAAUCUUCUUGAAAGUGCUGGAUUUUCUCGCAGUAAUCCCUACUAUAUUGUCAAACAAGGAAAGAUCAACCAGAUGGCUACAGCUCCUGACUCUCAAAGACUGAAGUUACUGAGAGAAGUAGCUGGUACCAGAGUGUAUGAUGAACGUAAAGAGGAGAGUAUUUCACUUAUGAAAGAAACAGAGGGCAAGCGAGAGAAGAUCAACGAGUUGUUGAAAUACAUUGAAGAGCGACUGCACACACUCGAAGAGGAGAAAGAAGAGCUGGCUCAGUACCAGAAAUGGGAUAAAAUGAGGAGAGCAUUAGAAUACACCAUCUAUAAUCAAGAGCUUAAUGAAACUCGAGCUAAGCUUGAUGAGCUUUCUGCUAAACGAGAGACAAGUGGAGAGAAAUCAAGGCAGCUGAGAGAUGCACAGCAAGAUGCUAGAGAUAAAAUGGAGGAAAUAGAACGGCAAGUUCGAGAACUGAAGACAAAGAUUUCUGCAAUGAAAGAAGAGAAAGAACAACUUAGUGCUGAAAGACAAGAGCAGAUUAAGCAGAGGACUAAAUUAGAGCUGAAGGCUAAGGAUCUGCAGGAUGAAUUAGCUGGCAACAGUGAACAAAGGAAAAGACUGCUAAAAGAGAGGCAAAAGCUUCUUGAGAAAAUCGAGGAGAAGCAGAAGGAAUUGGCAGAAACAGAGCCAAAAUUUAACAGCGUAAAAGAAAAAGAAGAGAGAGGAAUUGCUAGACUUGCACAGGCUACACAAGAAAGAACAGAUCUUUAUGCAAAACAAGGUCGAGGGAGCCAGUUUACUUCCAAAGAGGAAAGGGAUAAGUGGAUAAAGAAAGAACUGAAGUCUUUAGAUCAAGCCAUCAAUGACAAGAAGCGGCAGAUUGCAGCUAUACACAAGGAUUUAGAGGAUACAGAGGCAAACAAGGAGAAAAACUUGGAACAGUACAGUAAACUGGACCAGGAUCUUAAUGAAGUGAAGGCUCGUGUUGAAGAACUGGACAGAAAAUACUAUGAAGUGAAAAAUAAAAAGGAUGAACUACAGAGUGAAAGAAAUUAUCUGUGGAGAGAAGAAAAUGCAGAACAACAAGCUCUUGCUGCGAAGAGGGAGGAUUUAGAAAAGAAACAGCAGCUUCUCAGAGCAGCAACAGGAAAGGCCAUUUUGAAUGGUAUAGACAGCAUAAACAAAGUUUUGGAGCACUUUCGUCGCAAAGGGAUAAACCAGCAUGUUCUGAAUGGCUACCAUGGCAUUGUGAUGAAUAACUUUGAGUGUGAGCCAGCUUUCUACACCUGUGUUGAAGUUACUGCAGGGAACAGGUUGUUUUAUCACAUUGUGGAUUCUGAUGAGGUCAGUACAAAGAUCCUAAUGGAAUUUAACAAAAUGAACCUUCCUGGAGAAGUUACCUUCCUCCCUCUGAACAAGCUGGAUGUUAGAGAUACUGCUUAUCCUGAGACUAAUGAUGCUAUUCCUAUGAUCAGUAAACUGAGAUAUAAUCCAAGAUUUGAUAAAGCUUUCAAACAUGUUUUUGGGAAGACUUUAAUUUGUCGUAGCAUGGAAGUGUCUACCCAGUUGGCCAGAGCUUUCACUAUGGAUUGUAUCACUCUGGAAGGUGAUCAAGUCAGCCACCGUGGGGCUUUGACUGGAGGUUAUUACGACACCAGGAAGUCUCGGCUUGAAUUGCAGAAAGAUGUUAGAAAAGCAGAAGAAGAACUUGGUGAACUUGAAGCAAAACUCAAUGAAAACUUACGCAGAAACAUUGAAAGGAUUAAUAAUGAGAUUGACCAGCUAAUGAACCAAAUGCAGCAAAUUGAAACACAGCAGAGGAAGUUCAAAGCCUCUCGAGACAGUAUUUUGUCAGAGAUGAAAAUGCUGAAGGAGAAAAGGCAGCAGUCUGAAAAGACAUUUAUGCCUAAGCAACGUAGUUUGCAGAGCUUGGAGGCAAGUUUGCAUGCUAUGGAGUCAACUAGAGAAUCAUUAAAAGCAGAACUGGGGACAGAUUUGUUGUCUCAGCUCAGUCUUGAAGAUCAGAAACGUGUGGAUGCUCUUAAUGAUGAAAUUCGACAGCUACAGCAAGAAAACAGACAGCUUUUGAAUGAGAGGAUUAAACUAGAAGGCAUUAUCACAAGAGUUGAAACAUAUCUCAAUGAGAAUCUGAGAAAACGCUUAGACCAAGUGGAACAAGAACUGAACGAGCUUCGAGAAACAGAAGGUGGCACAGUUCUUACUGCCACAACAUCGGAGCUUGAGGCCAUCAACAAACGAGUGAAGGACACGCUGGCACGGUCAGAUGAUCUGGAUAACUCUAUUGAUAAAACAGAAGCAGGAAUUAAAGAACUUCAGAAGAGCAUGGAACGCUGGAAGAACAUGGAAAAGGAGCAUAUGGAUGCCAUUAACCAUGAUACAAAAGAACUUGAGAAAAUGACCAACAGGCAAGGCAUGCUCCUCAAGAAAAAAGAGGAAUGCAUGAAGAAAAUCCGAGAGUUGGGUUCUCUUCCACAGGAGGCUUUUGAAAAGUAUCAGACUUUAAGUUUAAAGCAGUUAUUCCGCAAGCUGGAGCAGUGCAAUACGGAACUGAAGAAAUACAGUCAUGUUAACAAAAAAGCUUUAGAUCAGUUUGUGAAUUUCUCAGAGCAGAAGGAAAAACUGAUAAAAAGACAAGAGGAACUGGACAGGGGCUACAAAUCCAUCAUGGAGCUGAUGAAUGUCCUUGAGCUCAGGAAAUAUGAGGCUAUUCAGCUGACUUUCAAACAGGUGUCAAAAAAUUUCAGUGAAGUAUUCCAGAAGUUAGUGCCUGGUGGCAAGGCCACAUUAGUAAUGAAGAAAGGAGAUGUGGAGGGCAAUCAGUCCCAGGAUGAAGGUGAAGGCAGCACCGAGAGUGAUAGAGGGUCUGGAUCUCAGAGCAGUGUUCCAUCUGUAGAUCAGUUCACUGGAGUUGGCAUAAGGGUAUCCUUCACAGGCAAGCAGGGUGAAAUGAGAGAAAUGCAGCAACUUUCAGGUGGACAGAAAUCUCUAGUGGCCCUGGCCCUCAUAUUUGCCAUCCAGAAAUGUGAUCCAGCUCCAUUUUACUUGUUUGAUGAGAUCGACCAAGCCUUGGAUGCCCAGCACAGAAAGGCUGUCUCAGAUAUGAUUAUGGAACUAGCUGAACAUGCUCAGUUUAUUACAACAACUUUUAGACCUGAACUACUUGAGUCAGCUGACAAGUUCUAUGGUGUAAAAUUCCGAAACAAGGUCAGUCAUAUUGAUGUGAUCACAGCAGAAAUGGCCAAAGACUUUGUAGAAGAUGACACCACACAUGGUUAAAGGAACUUGCACUUAUUGCUUGUUUGGAAGAUGUGUAUAGUGCUGUUUAUGCCAGGGACCUGUACAUUUAAAAUAUGAAUUAUUUAGUCCUUGUUUAAAAUAGUUUUUGAACAUACAUUUUAACCAAGACCCCAGAAGGCUUAGUUUCAAAUGAGCUUGAGUAUCCAUUUUGUCUCUGUUGCUGUAUUUUAUAAGAUAAUUGUUAAUGUUACCUUUAUACAGUACCUGUAGUUCAGAAAUUUUAUUCUCUUCCCUCAGAUCUUUUGUAAAGUGUCUGUCGCUGUUUUAAAGCUUUUCAGAAAGUGCUAGCUAUUUCUUCUUAAGCAUAGUUUUAUCAUUUAUAUUGCCUCACAUGUUUUUUUUAAUGGCUUCAAUUAAAAUGAUUGGUUUUAUUGCUGUAACUUGUAUACAGUAAAAUUCUGGUUUAUAUUGUCUUUCUUAAGAGGGAUCCACUGAGCCGGAGUAAGCAUUAUUUGGUCAUAUUUGAGUGGAAUAUUUCAGAAACACAAGACAGAGCAAUUUUUCCAAGCCACUCUUUGUUCUUUUCCCCCCCUUUUUUUGCACCUUGCCAGUGCCAGCAGAAAACCGCCCCAAAUCUAUCCUUGUCCAAAUUCACAGUGUUCUGGUUAUUGAACUGAAAAAAAUGUAAGUAUCAGAAAAGUCUGAAAAGACCCUAGAACUGUAUCAGAAUAAAUCACAGCCUCCUCUUUUUCCUGGCACAGUGGCCAGUGUAACUGCUCCAUCACACCUUUUCAGCCUGAGAGACCAGCAUAACUUGGGCCAAGUGACAGUCACUAGGCAAAAAGUGAAGUCUUUUGCUGCUGUCUAGACUUUUGGCAAAGGGCUAUUGAAUAAUUUGAUCUGUUCUGGAAUACUUAAAGAUUUACCACAAGCCAUAUAUUUCUUAGAUAGCAAAGCAGUUGUAAAAACAGAAUCAGUAGGUGUUAACAAUAGUACAUUUAUAAAAAUAUCAUAACCUUAAACAGUACUUUAUGUAACUUUAGAUAGUACAAUGAAAAACAAGCACUCUUGUUCCCUCCCCACUGAGAGCUUUGGGAAGUGCAGGAAAGGAGAGCAUGAACUGAUGGCAGGCCUCCUGGGCUCAGGAGUGCAUAUCCUUGCAUCACGAGGCAGGGUGAGAGAACUACUAAAGCUGGUAUGGAGCAACUUCCCCAGGGAGUGAUAAACAUGCAGGGAAAUACUACCUGCAGUAAGUCUUAAGCCAAAAGGAGGAGGAUGUUGUGACAUAACAAAGCUUUCUGUAGUUCUAGGGACUCACUAGCUGCAUAGUAGACCUCUCUUAGUGAAGAGAGGAUAGAGUACAAAACAUGAAACAACCCCAAUGCCCCCAAACUUUUUACCAUGUGAAUAAACUAUAUUUGAGAACCCCGAAGAAUUUGAAAUCUGUCCUCUUCAUACAGAGUUCUGAAUAUGCAUUCAAGGUGGCUGCAGACCAAAGUGAAUUACUCACAGGGGAAACCAGCAAGUUCAAAGUCCAGAGAAGGACCUAAAGAACCCAGCCCAAGGUUCACACCUCAGGUUACUGAUUUCAUGUUGUUUGGUCCAGUGUGUGUAAGGGCGCACUGGAAGUGUCUGUAAUCCAUGACCACCAAAUACAUAACUUGCUCUGGAAGCAGCAGGCUCUGUUCUCAGUUAACUCAGGCUUGCCAGUGCUAGGGUAUCAGCUUGACAGUUGUUAGUUUGAAUUUUGGAAGAGAGAAGCAGUUCACGGGCCAUGGAGCUAAUUACUGUGCCUAUUAAGAAGUGUCUUACUAAAUCCAUCUAAGACUGAUCAUGAAUUUUCUCACAUAUAAUCUCUAAAAUGCAGGUAGAUCAGAGCAAAAGGGGGUUUGUUUUUGUGGUGUUGGGAUUUUUUUUAUACAGUACUCAGCAUAAUAGAGCCUAAAUGUGGCUGAAUAACUUGAGCAAUCUCAGCUGUAUUAGGAAUUCUCCUCUGGGUUGGGUGUAGCAUUAAGUUGGUUA